AUGUUGGUGUUUGCAUCGACAGAACAACUGAAAGUAUUGUUCAAUAGCCCAAUCAUUUUAAUGGAUGGCACAUUUUCAUCGUCACCAACAAUCUUCGAUCAAGUCUACUGUAUUCACGCAAUCAAAUUUGAACAAUCUUUUGUUUGUGUCUUCGCUCUCUUGUCUGACCGAAAAAAAGGAACAUACAAACUUCUAUUCCAAGAACUACGUAACAAAGCUGUUGAACUGAACAUGAGUUUUAAUCCAAAUAUCGUUAUGUCUGACUUUGAAGGAUGCCUACGAGAUAUUCUUAAAACUGAUUUUCCUAAUUCUCAGCACCUAGGAUGUUAUUUCCAUUAUACGCAGGCCAUUUAUCGAAACAUUCAGGCACUUGGUUUAUCGCGUGAUUAUGGCUCAGAUGAAGAAAUUCGAUGCAUUUGUCGAAAGAUUAUGGCUCUUCCUUUGAUUCCAAUUUCGUUAGUUUCGAAGGCAUACGAUGACCUUCUUAAUUCAACUAUUGCAUGUUCGAGAGUAAAGUAUGACAUGCUCAGACCUUUAUUUAAUUACUUCGAGAAUCAAUGGAUGAGGAAAGUUGACAUUCAACAAUGGAACGUUUACGGGAUGCAAAUGAGAACGAACAACAACGCUGAAGGCUACCAUAAUCGUCUCAACUCACGAAUGUCAAAGUAUCACCCAAACAUUUGGGCAUUUAUUCAAUGUAUUAAAGGUGAAGAAAAUCGUUUCAAUCAUUUACUAAUUCAAAUGAAAGGUGGUCUUGCUGCGCGACCGAAGACAAAGAAAACUUGUGCUAUUCAGAACAGAAUCGAUACGUUAUAUCUUCGUUAUGAAAAUAAUGACAUUAAUUCUAGUGAACUCUUGGAAGGAUUAUCGUACGUUGUUGCUAAGAAUAUNCACCCAAACAUUUGGGCAUUUAUUCAAUGUAUUAAAGGUGAAGAAAAUCGUUUCAAUCAUUUACUAAUUCAAAUGAAAGGUGGUCUUGCUGCGCGACCGAAGACAAAGAAAACUUGUGCUAUUCAGAACAGAAUCGAUACGUUAUAUCUUCGUUAUGAAAAUAAUGACAUUAAUUCUAGUGAACUCUUGGAAGGAUUAUCGUACGUUGUUGCUAAGAAUAUCAAAUCAAGGGGGAAAUAA